AUGAAGAAAGAUAAUAAGAAUUUUUCAAAUACUUCAUUUGGUCUUUUAAAAAAAAAAAGUACAACUAAACAGGAUAUUUCGAAAGUUAAUGUGAAACAUAAAGAUAAGGCAACAAUAAAAGGAAAAGAUAACAUUCCUUUAUUAUCUAAAAAAAAUAAUAUAAAUGAUAAGAAAAAAGAUAUAAACAUAUUAAACCAUUCUACAAAUAUAAAGGUGAAUGAGAAAGAACGUUCAAAUUUAAAUAGUUCAAUUAUAAACAUAGAACAUGAUCAUAAAAAUGUUGAUAUCAAUGGAAAUGUAGAAUUGGUAAGUGACGAAAAAAAAGAAAAAAAAGAAAAAAAAGAAAAAAAAGAUAAAAAAAUAGAAUUGGAUAAUAUUAAUAAGGGUGAUAAUUUACAUAAUGAUAGCAAUAUUAAUAAGGGUGAUAAUUUACAUAAUGAUAGCAAUAUUAAUAAGGGUGAUAAUUUACAUAAUGAUAGUAAUUUUAAUAAAGAUGAUUAUUUACAUAAUGUUGGCAAUAUUAAUCAUGUUCAUGCUACAAUUACUAAUAAAUUUAAAAGAGAAGAUAAUAUGGAUCCAUUAAAAAAAGAUAAUAAUGAAAAUUUUGUAUCAAAUAAAUUAAAUACAGAAAAAGAAGAUAUAACUUAUAAAAUAAAUGAUUUAGAAAAAAAAAUUAUAUUAGAUAAUAAAUGUAACAUGAAAGAUGAUGAAGAUAAUAUUGACACAUUAAAGAAAAAUAAUAUCUAUGUGGUAGACAAUAAUAUUAAGAAUAUAAAUGAUGGAAUAAAUAUUAUUGAUAAUUAUUAUGAUGAUAACAGUGAUAGAUAUAAUAUUCAUAAUGAUUAUAAUAGUGAUACUAAUAGUACUCAUAAUGAUGAUAAUAGUGAUUCGUAUAAUACACAUAAUGAUGGUAAUAAUGAUAGGUAUAUUACACAUAAUAAUAAUUAUAAAUAUGAUUAUGAGGAUCAAAAAAAUGUAAAUAAAAAUACCAAGGAUAUAGAUGAAGAAAAGAAAUGUAGUAUAUAUGAUAAUAUAUUAAAACAAUUAAAUAUUCAGAAAAAUGAAAAUUUAGAAAAUAGCCAUAUCAUAAUUUUUGGAAAUAAGGAUGUAGGAAAAUCAUGCUUAGUUAAAGCAUUACAAGAAAUAUGUAUAAAUAAUGAUGAAAAAGAAGAUUACCCAUUUUAUUGUAAUAAGAAUAGAGUUUUACCUUUAGAUUAUGCUUGUUUAAAGGUAAAAAAUAUAGAUGAAAAUAGAAAGGUGAAAGACAUAAAAAGUAAUAGCCAUAUAUGGAUCUUACAACAUCCAUCUUAUAUCAAUUCAUUGAUUAAAAAUAUAAAAAAUUUUAAAAAUGUAGAAAAUGUUAUUAUUUUAAUAUGUACAGAUUUAUACAAACCUUAUAAUAUUAUGUCUGAUAUUAAUAGUUGGAUAGAUACCUUGUAUAUUUUAUUUGAAGCAAUACAUUCUAAUACAAGCUUAAAGACAUUGAACCAAUUAAAAGAAAAAAUGGAAAAUUAUAUAUAUGAUUAUAAAAAUAAAAAAAUAGAAAAGGAGGAAAAGAGGGAUUAUCAUAAAAAUGAAGAAUUAAAAGAUAUACAAGAAAAAAUAAAUAACAACAACAAUAAUAAUAAUAAUAUACAUAAUAUACAUAAUAGUAUCAAUAAUAAUAUAAAUAAUAAUAACACUAUUAAUAUGAAUAACAAUAAUAAUAUAAAUAAUAAUAACAAUAUUAAUAUCAUUAACAGGGAUAUAAAUAAAAAUAUCUUUACUCCUGACAAGGAACGUUUAAUAAAAAUAAAUUUAGCCUUCCCAAUAUUUUUUAUUAUUUGUAAAUCUGAUGGAUAUGAAAUUUUGAACAAUAGAACGUAUCAAGGAUAUAUGGAUGUUAUCAUUUCCUAUUUACGUAAUUUAGCCAUAAAUUAUCAGGCGGCUAUAAUAUAUUGUAAUACCAUCAAUAAGGAUCAUCCUAAAAAUAUAGAACUUUUGUAUAAAUAUAUUAUGCAUAGAUUAUAUAACUUUCCUUUUAACGAGAAACCAAUUUUAAAUGAUUAUGAAAAAAUAUUCAUACCAUCAGGAUAUGAUAAUUUGGAAUUAAUAAAUAAAUCAAUCAAAAAUACAUUUGUUGAAAAUUUCCAUAAACCAUAUGAUUCAAUUAUUAUUAAGCCUAUACCAAAUAAAAGCAUCGUCGAACAAAAUGAAAAUGUAGUAGAUGAUUAUUAUUUUAAUGAUUUCUUAGCAAAUUUAUCUAAUGAUAUAAAUAAAAUUAAAAAGAAUGAUGAAAAUGUAACAACGUGGGAAAAAAAUAAAAUUGAUGUUAUUGUUAACAAAAGUAAUAUAUAUACAGAGGAAACUAAUGAAAACAAUUUAAAUAAAGAUAAAAUAGAUCAAUCAUUACAUAGCUUUUUUCAAAAUCUCUUAGCAAAAGGAAGAUCCAAAUCACCUAGUGCUCCUAAUAUUAACCCAACAUCAUUAGAAAAAAGAAAUAUAAAUUCAUGA